AUGGUAGACGAAACGCUUGCUCGAUACGCGUGCUGGAUCAGCAGUCAGGCUGCUCUCGCGUCCGGAAUGGACCAGAAGUUGACUGCCCUCUCACGACGCACAGCGGCGGAGUUCCGGAAGGCAGAAGCAGAGCAUGCCGAUCUGGCGACACGGAUCGGUCUUCUGGAGGCUUGCUGCUGCAGGGCUGGGCUGAUGAGCUCAGAGGUGGACGUUUCAUUUUCCAAGCCGGUGGCAGGUGACGAAGCCCCAGGUAGGCACAUCGCUGAGCCGCUCGAGCAGCAAUGCCGCGGACUCGUAGAGGACAUGCUAGGGCGAGAGCUGCGCAACCUCGAACAUAUUGCAAAGAGACAUUCAGAGAUGGAGGCCGAUAUGGAGCGAAUUUGCCAGGACUUCCAGAAUAAGCUGGGCGCAAGCUGCUGCCAAGAG